AUGUACGAUAGACUAUAUCCAGAAAGACGCGCACUUAAACCCAAUUUUAUAGACGGAGUUAAUAGUUUUAUCACGUGGACGUUUGCUCAGGAACGUUGUCGAAGUGAAGGAGGAGUUAGGUGUACUUGUCUUAAAUGUGGAUGUAGAUAUAUAAUUAGUGACCCAGAGGAAAUAACACGUCAUUUGCAUAGAAAAGGUUUCAUUGAAAAUUAUUGGGUUUGGACGUAUAAUGGUGAAACACUGCCGAGUAAUGUACCAGAGACUAGUAACACAAAUGCUUCAAGUAGUCGACCGGCUAUGCAAUCGCCUAUGGAAUUUGAGGAAAACUUUAAUCUGAUAGGUGACAUGGUUGAUGAUGCUUUUGGUGUUAACGUGACCUAUGAUCAACUAGAAGAUUUUGACGGGGAAGAGUUACCGAAUGAGGAAGCGCAAAGAUUUUAUCAGUUGUUGAAUGAGAUGAAUACACCAUUGUUUGAGGGGUCGUCAGACUCAAAGCUAUCAAUGUGUGUGAGAUUAUUGGCUGCCAAGUCAAAUUGGAAUGUUCCUGAUCAGUGUUUGGAGCACUUCGCAAAAAUGAUGUUGGACUCAACUGCAACGAAAGAUAACUUGCAUGCGAGUUUCUAUGAUGCAAAGAAGUUGGUGUCGAAGUUGGGUUUAAGAGUAAGAAAGAUUGAUUGUUGUAUUAAUGGUUGCAUGUUGUUUUAUGACAACGAGUUUGGUACUCAAGAUGGAUCGUCGGAGGAAUGUAAGUUUUGUCAGAGUCCAAGAUAUAAAGUUUGCAAUAGAGCCAUUAACAGUAAGAAAAAAUGUGUAGCAGUAAAGUCCAUGUUUUAUCUUCCGAUAAUACCAAGGUUAAAAAUAAUGUUUUCUUCAAGGCACAGUGCAAGUCAAAUGACAUGGAAUCAUACAAACAAAACAAGCCCAGACAAUAUGCAACACACAUCUGACGGCCAUGCAUGGAAGCACUUUGAUGAGGUACAUCCUGAUUUUGCCACGGAACCUAGAAAUGUCAGGCUUGGAUUAUGCUAUGAUGAUUUUGCUCCAUAUGUCCAAGCGUCUGGAAGUGCGUAUUCUUGUUGGCCAAUUAUUGUAACCCCUUACAAUCUCCCUCCUGAGAUGUGCAUGACAAAACCAUACAUGUUUUUGAUGUGCGUCAUUCCAGGACCGUCGAGUCCAAAAACCAGAAUUGAUGUGUACUUACAACCUUUAAUUGAUGAUUUGAAGAGGUUGUGGAAUAAUGGAGAAUGA